AUGAUUGCGCAGUACGUAGGUGGCAAUCAUCGGCAUUGGGAUCAACACCUUCCCGAAAUUGCGUUCGCUGUGAAUACAUCUGUUCACGAAUCUACAAAGUCCGCAGCAGCAGAAAUCCUUUUUGGUCGCAAUCUGGCGAACAGUGGUACGAAUUAUACCGAGCACCCGAUGUUCUCCCCUCUGGGAGGGGAUAAUUGGAAAGAGAUUUGGAAAAAGGCGAAGGAAAACAACGAAAAAUCAUCGGAAAGGCAACGUCACCAUUACAGCUUAAGACGGAAGAAAUGGACUCCCCCUAUAAGAUUCUUGGUAUGGCGUAGGGAGAGACCACAAUCAUCGGCAGUGGAAAAAUUCACCCAUAAGUUGGCAGAGAAGUUUUCGGGGCCGUACACGGUUACCGGCAUAAUCCAUGGUAACAUCGUAGAAAUAAUCGAUGAUAAAGAACGUAAAAUAAAGGUGCAUAUACAGGAUCUUAAAAACGUGUACCAAAUAUAA